AUGGCGGAUGCGUCCUUUGACGUCGUCAUCGUCGGCACCGGCCCUGGCGGCUAUGUCGCGGCGAUCCGCGCGAGCCAGCUCGGCCUCAAGACCGCCGUGGUCGAGCGGGAACGCCUCGGCGGCAUCUGCCUCAACUGGGGGUGCAUCCCCACCAAGGCGCUGCUCCGGGUUUCGGAGCUCCGCCACACGCUCGGCCGGCUCGGCGAUUUCGGAAUCAGCGUGGGCGAGGUCUCGGUCGAUAUCGAGAAGGUCGUCGCCUAUUCGCGCGGGGUUGCGGACCAGCUCUCCCGCGGCGUCGCGUACCUGAUGAAGAAGAACGGGGUCGCGGUGAUCCAGGGCCACGCCCGGCUCGCAGGCCCCGGCGCGCUUGAAGUGACCAAGGAAGGCGGGGUGGCCGAGACCGUGCGCGCCGCCCACAUCAUCCUCGCCACCGGGCGCGCGGGCGCGGGUGCUGCCGGGGCUCGAACCCGACGGUGA